AAUUUAUCCUGUGUUUCAGAAUGCUACAGACCUCGCUAUGAGCUUUAUUGGAGGAUGAGCACACGAAGAUGGUCUCAGACAGACUUCCAGAAGAGUGUCCGUACUAGAGAUAGAUGAAGAGUGUAAAAAGUUAUCUACAAAAUGUCCACUGUAUAUCAUACUGGCACAUAUCCCGGCACCAAACAGAGUAAAAUGUAUGACAUUAGCUGGUUGAUGUUACACAAUGUGCAGACUGAAAGUAAAGCCAUUGCAGAACCCACAACUUAAGGGUAUGAUGCUGGAAUCCUUGGAGAAGAAAAAUUGGUCUGGAAAGAACUGACAGGCCAGAGGUCUAAUUCCUUGUCCAGGAGAUCUUGCUGGUUCUAAUUGCUUUGGAUUGCCAUGUACAUAAUGUCCCAUUAUGGCACACUGCCUGUGAAUGCCGUAUCUGAAAACAGUGAUAUAUCUCCAUCAAUCCAUCUUUUCCUUUCAAAAUUGUGAAUAAGAUGGAUGAUUAUAGAGUUCUAGCAAAAUCAGACAGACUGAAUAUAAUGACUUUGGAUAAAAUCAGAAAGCAGAAGAGGAACAGUAACACUGACUGAGAAAUUUCUUUUGUUUGCAUCAGGAGGCCCAAGGACACUAUGUCCGUUUCCAACAUCACGGUCUACAUGCCCUCUGUGUUGACACUAAUAGGGAUUCCAGGCCUAGAAUCUGUGCAGUGCUGGAUUGGGAUUCCAUUCUGUGCCGUUUACCUCAUUGCUAUGAUUGGAAAUUCCUUGCUUCUGAUCAUCAUCAAAUCUGAGCGUAGUCUCCAUGAGCCUAUGUACAUUUUCUUAGGCAUGCUAGGAGCCACAGAUAUUGCACUUGCUAGUACCAUUAUGCCCAAGAUGCUUGGAAUAUUCUGGUUUAAUGUGCCUGAAAUCUCUUUUGAUUCCUGCUUACUUCAAAUGUGGUUCAUCCACACAUUUCAGUGUAUAGAGUCAGGAAUCCUGAUGGCGAUGGCCCUGGACCGUUAUGUGGCCAUCUGUUAUCCACUAAGACAUGCCACCAUCUUCACCCACCGGCUUGUCAUUCAGAUAGGAACUAUGGUCGUACUCAGGGCUGCUAUUCUUGUAGCCCCAUGCCUAGUACUGAUAAAGUGCCGGUUUCAAUUUUACCACACAACAGUCAUCUCCCACUCCUACUGUGAGCAUAUGGCCAUUGUGAAAUUAGCUGCAGCAAAUGUUCAAGUCAACAAAAUUUAUGGUUUGUUUGUGGCCUUCACUGUUGCAGGGUUUGACCUCACAUUCAUCACAUUGUCCUACAUCCAGAUAUUUAUUACGGUUUUUCGUUUGCCCCAAAAAGAGGCUAGGUUUAAAGCAUUUAAUACCUGCAUUGCUCACAUCUGUGUCUUCCUCCAACUCUACCUCCUCUCCUUCUUCUCCUUCUUCACACAUAGGUUUGGGUCUCACAUCCCCACUUAUAUCCAUAUUCUCUUUUCAAGCAUUUACUUGCUGGUCCCCCCAUUUCUCAAUCCACUUGUUUAUGGUGCAAAGACCACACAGAUUCGCAUUCAUGUGGUAAAAAUGUUCUGUUCAUAAAAUCUACUUUAAUUAAUGUCUACAUGCUUCCUUCUUUUGUAAUAGUAACCACGUCGAAACAAAACAAAAAUGAAUAUUACUUGAGAUGCUUGGUUUGUGAAAUCUUCUGGCAUAAUAGCUGGUUUUAGAUCAUCAUAGCUCAUGAAAGUUAUCAGUCGUUGUGAAUUCUAUUUGACUAAACAAAGUGAGAAGUGUGAAAAAAGUUUAAGUAGUAAACAUAUAUCGUUUAUUUUUUUCUCUUUAAUUCUGUAGCCCCUGGGUUGAGUUAUUCCUCUAAGAAUAUUUCUCCAGGAGGAUUUAUAAAUUAUGUGUUUGUCACUGAAUUUAAAUGCAUCUAAGGCUCGUAGUUCUGAAAUGUCCAAGUACUCAAUGAAAACAAGUCGUUGACUCAUUUUCUCAAUCAUACUCAACAUAAAAACAAAACAAAACAAAGGAAGUACAUGUUAACUGUGUUUUUGUUAAAGAAAAUCUUAUGAAUAUCAAGAGACAACAAAGUCUAAAAAUUUAAAUACAUUUUCAGAGGUAUACAGGGAAUUACAGGCACAAAAAUAAGAACCAGGUAUUACAUUUUACACAUUAAUUUUUUUUUGUUUUAUUUUUGCUAACCCCAAAAUUUACUUCUUUAUUAAUUUACCAACUUUUAUCAAAAACCUACAAUAUUACAAAUAUUAUACUGGAGAAUAGUGACAUAAUAGUAAAUUUGGCACAGUGAAUAAUUCUCAUGUGUUUGUACCCAUGUAAUUCUGGAAAAGAGAGACUGAAAGGAAGAGAGGUGGGGGAUGGGUGGGCAGGGGAAAGAAGAGAGAAAUAACAAGUGUACACAUGGGAUGUGGGGUUCAGAGAGAAUGAAGCAUUGGAAUCUAAAGCAGAGGAGUUGCAUUUACUUUAUUUUGUUUUUCGGUUAGGUAGUUACCUUCAAUUCUUGAGGAAUGAAGGAUGAGUGGCCAAGGAAGUAAGAACACAUCAUGCCAGGUAGAUAAUAGAACAGAUUUAAACUAGAUAAUGUAGUUUAAGGUAACUAUAGUUUUUCAACAUGGUAUGAGUAUAAGGUAGAACUUGGGGAAACAAGGAAAACAUGAAUAUCAAAAAUGACUAUUAAUGCUGUGCAGAGUUGCUGCACUUUAUUCCAAAAGCUAUAGUAUGCCAUUGGAGAGUGUUCAUUUGUUUGCUUGCUUUCUACAAGAAAGACACGUGCGUGUGUGUGCAUGUGUGUACACACUCGUGCAUGCACAUGGGUGCCUGCUUGGGCAGAUGACAGCAUACCACACAGCAAAUAUAAAUAAGUCAAGGCUACUGUGUUAGCGAAGAGGUGGAAUAUGUUGUCUGAAAUUAGCGGCGUAAGAAUUUAUGGCUGGUAAGUUGUUCUUGAAAAACCUCAGGUCAUAGAUCCAUUUUUUCAAAGUUAUGAAAAAUAUUCAUAUAUGUGCAGAUGUCCAUACUUUGAUUUACCAGAUUAAAACCACCACAAAUAUAGGAAAUAUUGGAUUGCUUGUCAUAUACCUGGUGGAUCCUCUGGUUUCAGGGAUUAGGACUUAGCAGAUAUCCAUGGCUAUUGUGAAUGAUUAUAGAGGCUUUCUUAAGGGAUCUUUUGAGACUGUUUCAAGUUUCAAUAUUUACUAGAGCUAAUUUUAUUGGAUUAUAAUAGGGAUUGUUUUUCUCAAGUAAGAUUAUUUUCUUAAAAAAUAAAAUAGGCCCCUGAAGUUCUUUCUUAAUAUUUUAGCCAGAAUUCAGCAAACUUUUACAUAAAUGGCCAAGUAAUAUAUAGCUUAGGCUUUAUGGAAAAAGAGGCAAAAUCAAGAAUAUCACAUAGGCAUUAAUAUAACAAGAGAGAAAAAUGUAUGUCCACAAAUAAUUUUAAUGAAAUUCAAACUAUAUUAACAAUAAUAAUAAUUACAUUGUUUGUCUUUAAUUAAAGCAGGUCUACUAAUUAAAAUAAUAGAAUUCGUUUUUUUCUUCAUAGUGACAAAUGUAGCUGAAAGUUAGAGUUUUCCUGUUACCAAAUUGAUUGCAAAUUUUCAUCUGUAAAAAUCAUUCUUAACUAGCAGACUAUAGAGAAACAGAGCGCAGACCAGGUUUGGGAUGUUAAACAAUUACCAGUUUUACCAGCACCACAAAAAUUAUGUGGUAAUAUAGGACCAACAUAGAGACAUAAUGUGAAACUGCAACAUAUUUGCACCAUCUUCUUAUUUUAAUAUCUCAUAAACUAUGUAGCCCAGAGUUCAUAUUGUUUAAUUAUUGUAGUCUUCAAAUUUCAGGAUCAGUUCCAAGCUGAGACUUACUAAUAGAAAACAGAAAAAAUAAAUGAGCAACUACAAGCAAAAGAGUAUAACCUUUUCACACACUUGGACCAGGACAAUUAUUGAAAAAAAUCUUAAACAUAAAAUUGCUUGAAAGAGAAUAUUAUUAUUGUAAGGAUAAUUUCCAAGAAAGAUUUAUAGAAAUCACAACUUCCAAGAGAUUAUAUCAAUUUCAGCAAUGACUAAAAUAAUGUUUUCCUAAAUUCUCAAAACACUAGUUAUUACUGACAUUUUUAACCUUUGACAGUUUGGUAGGUAAAAUAUGAUUCUCUUUAUGACUAGCAUUUAACAAAUAUUUGUGCUGCUAUCUUCUUUUCCAUUUGUAAAUUCUUUAUGUGAAGUUUUUCAUUGUUUCCUUUGUACAUUUUUCUAAUUUGUGCCCAUUUGUUUUCUUCUUGAGUUUAAAAUUUGAUGACUAAAUAUUGAAUUAUUUCUAAGGGCUUUAUUGCUCAAGACUUUACAAGA